AUGUUCCGGUGUGCCAGGCUGCACGCGGAGGUUUGUUUUGGUGAAGCUGAGAGACCAUGAGUAACAUCUACAUCCAGGAGCCUCCUACAAGCGGCAAGGUUUUGCUAAAAACAACUGCUGGUGAAAUUGAUAUAGAAUUAUGGUCAAAAGAAGCACCAAAAGCAAGCAGAAACUUUGUCCAGUUGUGUUUAGAAGGUUAUUAUGAUAACACAAUAUUUCACCGAGUCGUUCCAGAUUUUAUUGUUCAGGGAGGUGAUCCGACGGGUACUGGUUCUGGAGGUGAAUCAAUUUAUGGAAAGCCUUUUAAGGAUGAAUUCCAUUCACGUCUUAGGUUUAUUCGAAGAGGACUGGUUGCCAUGGCAAAUGCUGGACCACAUGAUAAUGGAAGCCAGUUUUUCUUUACACUGGGCCGUGCUGAUGAGCUUAACGGCAAACACACAGUCUUUGGAAAGGUGACCGGCGAUACCAUAUACAACUUGCUGAGACUGACAGAAGUGGAUAUUGGCGAAAAUGAGAGGCCCGUUAAUCCACAUAAAAUAAAAAGCACUGAGGUUUUGUUUAACCCCUUUGAUGACAUCGUUCCCAGAGUGCUUAAAAAGACAAAAAAGGAAAAGCAAGAAGAGGACGCCAAAAAGCCAAAAGUCAAAGGAACUAAGAACUUCAAUUUACUUUCUUUUGGUGAAGAAGCUGAAGAAGAGGAGGAGGAAGUGAAUAAAGUCAGUGAGACAAUGAAAGGGAAGAGUAAAAGUAGCCACGAUCUUCUGAAGGAUGACCCUCGCCUUAGUUCAGUUCCAGCUAUAGACGGGACAAAAGACAGCAGGGAAUCCAGCAGUAACACAGACGAGGAAGAUGCAAGUGAUGAAGAGGAAAUGGACAGUGAUGAGAGACAUCAGAUGAAAAAUCGUAUAUCCAGCAAACUCAAAAAAGAUUUUGGCAAUACCAAAAAACCUCUUGCUCAACCAUCAGAAAAUACACUUGAGAAAAAAACUAGUCGCAGUGAAGAGUUGCGCAAAGAAGCCCGGCAGCUAAAACGAGAGCUCAAGGCAGCAAAACAGAAGAAGGAGGAUGAUGAAAAGGAAUUAAAGAAGCCAGAAGAGGUUGAAAAACCCAUUGACAGUGCAGUAGAACAAUAUCUCAAAGAAAAAGAAAAGUAUGAAGAACGCAAGAAGAAAAACACAAAGAAGGGAGCCUCCAGGGAGGAACAGACAUUAGCUAUGUUGGACCGUUUUAAAUCCAAGCUUACACAAGCCAUAUCAGAAACACCGAAAGAAGAUGCACCAGAAGCAGAAGCAGAAGUGGAAGAUGAUGAAGGCUGGAUGUCUCACGUUCUCCAAUUUGAUGAAAAUGAAAAGAGUAGAAAGGUAAAGGACGCAAACAUGCAGGAUGAGGACACUUUCGAGAUAUAUGACCCACGUAAUCCAGUCAACAAAAGAAGAAGAGAAGAAAGCAAAAAACUCAUGAAGCAGAAAAAAGAAAGAAGAUGAAUUUGUUUCACAUCACAAGCUGCACAUGCACAUGUUUUUUUGGGUUUUUUUUACUGUUAAGGUGCUUUUGCAUAUUUCACACAUUGUCAUUGAGAGAUUAAAUGUCAGUGAUAACUGUUGUAAACAUUAAUUAAAUUUCUAGUUAUAA